UAUACUCCGGACAGGCUACCAGUGUGCGAGAUUUGUUCACAGUGGGAGGCAACAGGAAGGACAGGGUAAGGAGAGGGGACACGAGUCUAUUAGGGCAGCCUAGUCCUCAGCCAAACCCUAGUUUGUGGUGACGGGAAACGUUUGAGCAACACCUUGUAUUUGUUGUAGACAAUUGACAUAGCAAACAUAGUCGAGCAUCUGUGAUGUUGAGCAAACCUGUAUUACGUAAGCUGUGUUGAUGCAGGACCACGAACACGACACGUGCACGGAUUGCAGCACAGCGCCGUGCGAGUUUACUACUAUUGCGAGGUGUUCGUGGUGGCCGUGGUGGCUAUGGUGACGGUGAUGACCGUGGAUGUCGCGGUGGUGGAUCGAUUGUAUUUCUGCAUGCAUCGGUGCUUCGCACGUGACGUUGUUGACAUGCCCGCACCUGCACCUGCAUGUUUCCCCGACGAGCAGAGAAGGAGCGCGGCGUGGUGCAGCGCUGGGCGCGGAAGGAUCGCCAAAGACAUCAGACGCAGCGUGGUGUGCGGCCAUCAAGAACACCAAACUCGCGACGCGGCGCGGUGCGGCGUGGCAGAGAGCUACACGAGAACAGCAACAGGGCGACGAGCUGUGCGAAAGACGAGCCAGCCACGGCCAGGCGCUGCAGGGCGGUGCCUGGAGGACUCAGCAGAAGACUCGCGGCAGCGCGCCAGCAACAGACAGACUCGCAGCAACAGCAGCACGGUGCUGCGAAGGAGCGAGCACCUGGCAGCCAAAUCGGGGCGUCGACAGCAGCGCUGGGUGCUCGUGACCUCCGCUUUUCCUGGCUUUGACGCUCGCUGCUACUGCGGGCCUGCUCUGCGGGCUCAGCGGCGGCCCCAGUGCAUUGAGUUCACAGGUCAAGCACUUAUGCAACGUGUCUGCAGGCGAAACCGCGCGGGCAGCCGACUGCGAGUACCAUAGUAUGUUUGCGCUGGACGCAAAAUCAGAAAGCAGACGUGUAGCCGGCGUGCAGGCCGCUAUAUGGGUACGCGCAGACUGCGUCUUUGGCUCUGUCUUUGGAGCCUGACUGCUGCUCGUCGCGGCUGGCAAAGGGCGUGGCCGGCGCGUCAAGGGCAAGCAAGCCCCCAAACGAUAGCGCGAGUGC